AUGAGCCGCGCCGGGAGCUGGGACAUGGACGGGCUGCGGGCGGACGGCGGGGCCGCCGGGGCGGCCCCAGCCUCCUCCUCCUCCUCCUCCGUGGCGGCGGCGGCGGCCCCCGGCCAGUGUCGCGGCUUCCUCUCGGCGCCAGUGUUCGCCGGGACACACUCUGGGCGUGCGGCGGCGGCAGCGGCGGCGGCGGCGGCGGCGGCGGCGGCGGCCUCGGGCUUCGCAUACCCGGGGACCUCGGAGCGUGCGGGCUCCGCCUCGUCGUCGUCAUCUUCGGCUGUGGUCGCAGCGCGUCCAGAGGCUCCCUCCGCCAAAGAGUGUCCCGCGCCCGGCGCGGCCGCUGCAGCGCCUCCGGGCGCCCCAGCUCUGGGCUACGGCUACCACUUCGGCAACGGCUACUACAGUUGCCGCAUGUCGCACGGCGUGGGCUUACAGCAAAACGCUCUCAAGUCGUCGCCGCACGCCUCGCUGGGAGGCUUCCCGGUGGAGAAGUACAUGGACGUGUCGGGCCUGGCAAGCAGCAGCGUACCGGCCAACGAGGUGCCCGCAAGAGCCAAGGAGGUGUCCUUCUACCAGGGCUACACGAGUCCCUACCAGCACGUGCCUGGCUACAUCGACAUGGUGUCCACCUUCGGUUCCGGGGAGCCUCGGCACGAGGCGUACAUCUCCAUGGAGGGCUACCAGUCCUGGACGCUGGCCAACGGGUGGAACAGCCAGGUGUACUGUGCCAAGGACCAGACACAGGGCUCCCAUUUUUGGAAAUCCUCCUUUCCAGGGGAUGUGGCUCUAAAUCAGCCAGACAUGUGUGUCUACCGUCGGGGGAGGAAGAAGAGGGUGCCCUACACCAAACUGCAGCUCAAAGAACUGGAGAACGAGUAUGCCAUUAACAAGUUCAUUAACAAGGACAAGCGGCGGCGGAUCUCAGCCGCCACGAACCUAUCCGAGAGACAAGUGACCAUUUGGUUUCAGAACCGAAGAGUGAAAGACAAGAAAAUCGUCUCCAAGCUCAAAGACACUGUCUCCUGAUGUGGACCAGACUGGUCAAAGAGAAUUUAAAUGCUUUCAGUUGUCUCCAAAAGACCUUCGGAAAGACUUGAAUAUGUAUUUAAUUCCUCCCACCUCCCUGCCAAUCAUGGCAAAUUUUGUGAAUUGUUUUUCUCUCUUCCCCUAUCAGGCUCUAAAACCUUUUGCUACCCCAACCUGACUUUGUAGUUCUGUUUCUUACUUGCUUAUUAUUGAUUUUGUUCUUGUCUAGGUUUAUUUUUUAUGAUGUUUUUAAUGUUCUGUUUCUCCCUCCAGGCCAGUAUAAAGGACUUGAAGUACUUUUGAAUAAUACCCCCCCCCCCAAAGAAUUUCAGAAGUGCCAUUAUGAUUUUAGGGUUUUAUUCUCUUAAAUUACUUCAAAUGCCUGUUUCCAGCACUGAUUAUCUUCAUAAUCUAUUAGGGCAGAACGAUUUGCAGUCAUUCAUAUCCUGUGAUUGGGCAAUUUAAUCAUUAGCUCUCAGCAGUCACCCUGAGGCAAGUGGAAACAGCUCUGGGCAGGCAGCGCUCUAAGGUCACUGGGAAAGUCUAAAAACAGGCGGCUGGAGGUACUCUGAUGGCUUUAAAAGCAGCUACCUUAUUAAAUAGGGUUUGUGUCGAUGUUGAAAUGAAGACAAUCUUCCCUACUUCGGAUCUUUCAUUUGCUGUUGUACUUCUAUGUGUUUAGUAUAUGUCGUCGAUUUGUGCUUUUAUAAUCUUUAAUUUGAAAAUAAUUUGUCUUCAUGGAUGCCUUCAUUCCCCCAGCUCUGAAUGCAGAUAUUUAAAUGGCUGCAAAUGUGAGAGUAAUCCAUGGAUGGUAUAAAUGCACACCUUCUCCUUGACCCUGGGUCUGUGGGACUAGAACUGAAGUGAUCUCCUCAGUCCCCUGAAAGAGAAUGAAUCAAGGUGGCCAAGGGUGGGAACUUUUGUCCAGAACCCAACGAAGAACUUGACUGUCUGAACAAAUGUAUUGAGCCCCUCUUGGAAUUUUAAAACAUCUAACGAAUAUGAAAAUGUGGAGCUCUAAAGUUCAAGGUGGAAAAAAAAUGAUGUGAUGAUAAAUAACUACUUUUUAAAGUGCUGCAUAUUUAUACAACCAAGAGAUAUUUUUGUAGAUGAAAUGUCUGUGAGCUGGGAUAUGUGUGCAGUGCUUCAGGCAUUUAAAAAUGAUUUUUUUUUUAUUCCUAGGGAGAUGCAAAUAAACAGAACUCUCUUGUUUCUUCGUCUUUUAUAUAUUUUCUUUUUCCAAGCUUGUUACCUCUUGUGUUCUUAUUUAUUAUAAAAUCUUGUUGUCCUCAACAUUAUGAUGUUCGCUAUAGACGAAGGAAACUCAAUACCAGUUCUACUCUCUGAAACUCCACUCCAUUUCCGCCACCCCUCUCCACCCUUUUCCCUGUGGCUUUAACAUAAGUAGUGAUGUCUUUAAAUGAGAAUAUAAUUUGCGGUGUCUGAAAUGGUAUUUUUUACCGGACCAAAAAAAAAAAAAACAUCUCCAAUAAAAUUUUACUUCUCUUUCAAUAUUA